AAUAACCUUGACCCAAUUUGACACCCUGUACGGGUUAAACCCUUCUUUGACGUGCCGAUUCUAUUUACUCGUGAGACGCGCAGUUCAAAGUGAGAAAUAACGGAGCAAUGAUGGAGGUAGAAGACGAGCUGCAAGACUCUGCUACUCCUUGCUUGCAUUUAGUCUCUGCUUUCCUCGCCUGUGAACCCCCGGAUUUCGUUAUCUCAUUUGCCAGGGAUUGUGGAGGUGGUUCCAUUACGGAGAGUGUGCAAAGUUUCAUUUGGAACCAAUGUAUCAACAAAUUCGAUGUGAAGUGUAAUGGGCAUUAUUUAAAAAGUUUCUUGAAGAAGCUCAUCGUUGAAGUCGAGUCAAAUGGGGACGUUGUUUUGGAUGAAAUAUAUGAAAUGUAUAUUUAUUGUCUGACUACUCUGAAGGAUGAUGAAUUGACUAAAGGAAACACUAGAACGUUAAGAAGAGUUUCAUUUCUACAUCCCAAGGAUUGUUCACAACCCUCAAGUUGUCAAAUAACUAGGAAAUUUGAAGUCACGUUGCAAUGUUCACUUAACAUGCUUGAAGGAGAUACAGGGUGCUCGAUUUGGCCAUCAGGUCUGUUCCUUUCGGAGUUCAUACUUUCUUUUCCAGAACUGUUCUCAGACAAAUCUUGUCUUGAGGUUGGUUCAGGUGUUGGAUUGGUUGGUGUCUGUUUAGCUCACGUGAAUGCCUCCAAGGUAGUACUUACAGAUGGUGACUUAUCAACUUUAGCAAACAUGAAGCUCAACUUGGAGCUAAAUCAGCUGCACACUGAUAUGUUAGACCAUACACAAGAUACCAAAAUGGUACGGUGCUUGUCUUUGCCGUGGGAGUCUGCAACAGAAAAUGAGCUACAUCAAUUCUUGCCAGAUAUAGUUUUGGGUGCAGAUGUGAUAUACAAUCCAGUAUGCCUCCCAUACCUUGUUCAACUCCUUGCCGUUCUUUUAAAGCGGGAUCCAAAGCUACAUCAUUUGAGUAAUGGCUGCAAGGACUGUCCACCUGUGUGGAGAUGUUUCGAAAGUGAAGAAACUAGUUCCGUAGGUGACAAUGUUUUCCCAGGAAAAGCAAAAACAAAUGGUGAUACACAUGUUGAGCAUUUGUCACCUGGACUAGGACAAGGGCCUCUUGCAUAUAUUGCUUCAGUAAUUCGCAAUAUUGACACAUUUAAUUAUUUCCUUUCAUUGGCAGAACAGGAAAAUUUAGUUGUAUCCGACAUCACUGAAACGAUGAAGCCACUUGACUUGCUUCCUUAUGUAAAAUCAUAUCAGCGGUCUAGCAUAAGGAUGUUUAAAAUUUCAUACUUGUGCAAAUAAGGUUUCUAUGUAAUCAAACAGACCUAAGUCUGCUGUGUGGAAAAUUCAAAUUGAUUACUGUCACGGCCAGUAAAUGUUAACUAUAGCAUAGUGAUGUCCUUG